AUUGUCAUCAUUCCAGGCUACCGAAAGAAUAACAAAUGGUUUGGCAAUGCCAAACCAUGUCUUUUUUCCUAGAAAAAAAAUCAUCAGACGGCGCAAGAAGUGUCCUUUUGUUGUGGUAAAAAUAAAACUGCGUGAUGUAUGUUACGACGUCGUUUUGCAGUUUAUGAUUUUUGAUGGGUGUUGAAAGCUUGAAGGUUCUACAACGUUCUCUCUCUCUCUACCUUCCUUGUUUGCUCUGAAUUUGAUUGAUUAGUGGAGGAUUCAUCCUAGUCGUAGAUUUCAAGUGAGAGAGAAGGAGAUGCCGAAGAGGACAACGCACACGUACUCAAGCGAGGACGCAGCUCCCGACGGACCAGACUCGGAUCUCUUCGUCUACUAUUGCAAGCAUUGUGGCUCUCACGUCCUAAUCACUGAUACGCAACUGCAGAAAAUGCCGAAAAGGAAGACUGACAAAGCUUAUGCAUUGGACAAGAAGAAGCAUCUUGCAAGGCUUAACGUUGACGAGGCUGGAAAAGUUGUCUUGAAAAGGGGUGAAGGGAAAUUGGAGAAGCAAUUUCGUAUGAAUUGCAUGGGCUGUGGGUUGUUUGUUUGCUAUCGAGCAGAAGAAGAUCUGGAAUUUGCUUCUUUUAUAUAUGUUAUAGAUGGUGCACUUAGCACAGUUGCUGCAGAAACAAACCCUCAGGAUGCUCCAGUGCCCCCUUGCAUAUCACAAUUAGGAGGACUUGUGCAGGUGGCCAUAGAGGUUGAAGACCGUGCACAAAGAUCAGCAAUAACAAGAGUGAAUGCUGAUGAUGUUCGAGUUACUGUAGCUGCACCUGCUGCCCGCGGAGAAGCUAACAAUGAACUUUUGGAAUUCAUGGGCAGGGUAUGCUCGUCCAUCACAAUCCUAUUUUUUAAAUUGGUUUUGGGUCUGAGGUUGAGCCAGAUGACUCUUCAAAGAGGAUGGAAUAACAAAUCCAAGCUGCUUGUUGUGGAGGAUCUAUCUGCUAGACAGGUUUAUGAGAAACUACUAGAAGCUGUACAACCCUGAAGCUACUGCAUUUUCUAAAUUAUUUCAGUUUUUUUUGCUUGUACUGGAUUAAUUUAUCUGUGAUCAAUUCAAAUGUAAAAUUUGUAGUUUGAACUCGAAUACUGGAGAUAGAGCUCAUCAUCUGGUGUGUAAUUGUAUCAUUGACUGAAAUACCUGGCCAACUCUCAAUUGAGUUGAUCCUGUACCUACCUGCUCAAGAGAUUGCUUGAACGAAA